AUGUACAGUAAUAAUGUGGAAUUAAAUGAUUAUAAUAACAAUGAUAAUAAUAAAGAAGUGACUCUAUAUAAGACUGAGUUUUGUAGAAAUUGGGCUGAACUGGGUUAUUGCAGAUAUGGUAGUAAAUGCCGUUAUGCUCAUGGUAAAACUGAGCUACGUCCAGCUCCGAGACACACAUUAUAUAAAACACAAAUAUGUCGCGCGUAUCAUAUCGAUGGAUCAUGCCCCUAUGGCAUUCGAUGUACUUUUGUUCAUGACCCAAUUGAUGAUGCAGUCGUUGUAUCAACUGAAAAAAAGACAAAUAACAGGAAUAGAAUUCGACAACAGCCUACUUUAUCGUCUAAUAGAAGAGUUAGCUAUGAUACUGUACUAUCGUCUUCUUCUUCAACCACUAGUGAUAGUAGCUUCGGUGAAUAUACAUCUAUGAUGAAUUCAUCACACCAAAUACCAAACAGUACUACAAUAAUGAACAACCAUUAUUAUAUGAAACAGCAACAGCAGCAACAGUCUAUUGAAACCUUCUAUUACCAUAAUAAUAGUGCUUUAAUUGUAAAUAAUAACAAUAGAAGGACAAUAUGGUUGUAG